AUGUCGAGUCCAGAUGCUGGAGUCUCGCCCGAAGCGAAACCCAAAUUCACUCGAACGAAAACGGGUUGUUUGACUUGUCGAAGGAGGAAGAAGGUGAGUCGGUGUUGUAUCCGCAUUCGCUGCUGGCUGCCGCUCGCUCGCCGUCGUGAACGAGCCGAGUUGCCCGAUUUCAAUCUCCAUCGUGCCUGUACUUAAUGCCCUCGCGUGCCCUCCACUUGCUCCAUCUUACCCAAAGAGGUGUCCAGGUAAUUACAAUCACGAAGGGACCUGUCAGCGAUGUCAGAACACCAACUCGGUGUGCGUGCCCGCGCCACCGUCCGACGGAACUCCGAUAUCACGACGUCGCGCUCGAGUCGAAUCAAGUGCGACGGCGACAGCUCGCAAUGAGGGUGAGCCUUCAUCGUCGACACCGAUCGCCUUGUCCCGUUACGAACGCCAUUCGUCCUCGUCGAGCGCGUCCCCCGUGCAAUCGACCUCGAGCCACAUUUAUACCCCGCCGUCUUAUGGUCCGAUACCGCGCUCGUUGGCCUACGCGGGCGUACCUGCCUCGGCGCUUCCCAUGCACGUAUUGGCCGGCUCGAUGCACGCACCGUCUUCGCCGAUCGCUCCCGUACACGCCGGAUCCUCGAUCCAUGGCACCAACUACCCCGUCGUCGUGACCCCCUACCACCCUCAGCCCUUACCGCCACCCCACGCAACAACUCUGCCGGAGAGCACCGAGGAUCCGCCCACGGCCUAUUUCGAUUCGACGCUCGCUCCUAUCACCGACCUGUCGCAGAUGCACGACAUCGAAUCCUUUUUCGAAUCGUUGAAUCCGGCCAUAGAUGCCUCGAACCUCACCGCCGACUGGUCAAUUCCCGUGGGAAGCUCGAUGGCGGAUUCGGAUUCGACUCCUGUCACGGUCUCGGCUAUGGACCCACCUCACGGGAGCCCUAGCGUAACUCCAACGGCGAACACGACACCGUCGUCAAUGCCUGCCACCAACAUGAUAGGUUCCGCCCAGGUCGAAGAGGAAGCGUCCCUCGCCGAGGCGUUGACGCAACUCGAAUCGAUCCCAAUUUACAACGCGCUCAACGAUGCGUUCUUCUCGUCGAUGCCGAAGCCCGUGCGCGACAUAUUGCGGCAUCGCAUGACCGACGUCGCCUUUUCUUCAUCGCUCGGCAAAUCGGCGUGCCUCGCUCUGUGCCUGCUGUUUCGGGCCAAGACGAUGGAGGAUCAAGGUUCGACCGAGACGAGGGAGAGGUUGAUCGCUCAGUCCAACGCCUACUUUCAGCAAGCCGUCGAGCACCUCCAAACGAGCCGUAUUCCCCUCGAGGCGCAACUGCUCGCCGUAUUUGACCUCCAAAUGUACCAGCUCGAACAGUGGGGGGCUGCUGCGUCGUAUGCGAUCUUGCUCCUGGGCGACUACUUUGUCAGCGAGGCGAUGGGACCGAAGCCCAAGAUCGACUUGCACACCCUGUCGGGCCCAUCUUCAGUCUUGCUUCGCUCUUUCGCAUACGCCGACGUGCUACGCUCCGUUUGCCUUCGAUCCCAUCCCACCUUGUUUCAUCUCGUCGGAGCGCCAGGGAUGCCACCUUCCGAACCGAAUUCCUCAACCUCGCCCGACCCACCAGAUCCGAUCGUCACGACAGAAGCUCUGCAUCUACUCGGUGGCCUUCCGAUGGGUUUGAUGCUCUGCCUCGGCGCGACCAGCAAUCUCUCAAUCGAGCGACCUUCACUCGACCCCGACGAGUACCAGCGGCGGGCAAUGCUGAUCGAAGUGGCCAUCAACGACUGGAUCCCUUUAGGCUCGAUGACGGACGACGCCGUCCGACGCAUGGACGACCUGACGACGCACGAGAUGUGGCGUCAAGCGACGAUCAUCUACUUUCACCAGACCGUUCAUCGCGCGGGUCCUUUGGCGGUCCCCAUUCGGCGCGCGUUGCAGCAGUCCUUGGCGUUGGGUAGUCGGACGGUUGAGACGUUGGCGACGACGUGCCGCGACGUCCCCGAUCCUCACAUCCACCACUCGGCCGUGCCAAUGGGCGAAGGGAGAAGUCAGGAGGACAAUCAACGGAGGAUGGAGGAGAACCUGCACUUCUCGAGCGUUCAUUCGCAUCGCGCUGCACCGUGGUUCUUGGCUGCUACGGUCGCGUUAACCCAUCAGGAGAGGAGCCUUUGUCGGGAGGCGCUCAAAAGGUGUCGGCCGCAAAAGUGAGUCUGAGGGGUGCGAGAAACCUAAAUUGGCUAGGAAAAGAUACUGACUUGGGCGACCUUGUCUCGACCCAGGUUGGCCGACGAAAAUCUGGCUGCAGUGGAACGCAUUUGGCAACUGACGGAUGAGCGGGGAUGGCCCGUUGACUGGAAGGAAACGCUUGAGCAGCAGGGUCUCUUCGUCACCUUCAUAUUUUGA